AUGGCGAAGGGUCUCAGAUCUAGCAGAAUUAAGUCAAACAACACGAAAUUGAGGAAGAAGACGUUUGGUCCUGUCGAAGAUGCCCGCACGGAGCGGCUUUCGGCAAAACUGCUAGAACUGGCACAGCAGCCAAAGCCGGAGCGGGAUGAGAUGGAUGUCGAGACUGAGGAAACCAAGAAGAAAAAUGCAGAUGAUGUCGAGGGUGAAGCAAUGGACAUCGAUGGUGAGAAGAAAACCACUACGGGAUCAUCAAGCUCCAAGAAGAAAGGCGGACGCGUCGAGAAAAGAAUCUCGAAGUACAAGAAGCCGAGAAACACGAUCGCCUUCAAGUCACGACACAAGCCGGGCGACAAGCUGGCGAAAUCCGGACGGAGAAGGUUGUAGCGCUGCUCGCUAUUACUAGAACGACCAUGGGAAGGUUUC